AUGGCAAGUGAGCACGAGAAGAGCUUCGUGGCUAAAAUUGCCACCUUACACUUGAAUCGCGACUACAGCGACAUGAAGAUCAUUUGUGGCACUCAAGAGUUCCCUCUCCAUCGAGCUGUGGUAUGCCCUCAGUCUUCGGUUCUUGCCGAUCAAAUGAAGUCUGGCUUCAAGGAGUCCAACGGCACAAUUGAGCACAAAGAAUUCGACGAAGACACGGUGGCCAGAAUGAUCCAGUACCUCUACACACAACGAUAUGAUGUGCCUGCCUACCCUGUCGCUUCCGAGUCGACCGCGGCCGAACAUGAAGCCAAUGCAGAUGUCGAAAGCACUGUGCGAAACGAAGGAGUUGAGCUGGAGCCUUCCGUACCUUCGAGUAGUGUUGAGUCGGUAGCGCUGCUCCAAGGACCAGCUACGAACGCAGCCCCGGAAGACGUGGACGCUACACAGUUCUCAAGCGGUAGCAUGUCUCUGCAAACAAGCGCCUCCCUUCACGAUAUUCUGAUGAUGCACGUGAGAGUCCAUCAUAUCGCCAACUACUAUGACAUCCCCAUGCUGAAGAUAAAAGCAGUCCAGGAAUUCUACAGCAUAGUUUGGAGCAACAACUACGUAUGGGAGAGGAGCGGCUUUGCGUCGGUACUAGAUGAGAUCUACCGUGCAAAUAAGAGCCAGGAUGGUGGACUUCGUAGUGCCGCCGCCCGUCUUGCCAAGAAGCAUGUCGAAGACCUAGCAUUUGACGAAGCUUUCACGGAUGCCAUCAACGACUCCGAGAAUCUGGGCGAGUUCUGCGCAGCGCUUCUCGCCGAUAUGACGCGCGAGUGCCGUCUUAACAAGAAGCUUGGUGACAAGGUCGCCGAGAUGCUAAGAAAGGAAAUGGGGAAGCUCAAGGAUGACCUCAAUCGUGUCCAGUAUAUGGCCGAUCGCGAGGCCGGCCUACGAGAACGUGCUGAGAAGGAUUUGGAGAGAGUCAAGGACAUAUUCCAGAAGGUACGGAAGUGUAAAACGUACAGUUGCGAGAACCGCAUCAACGUGGCUGUUGAGCGAAGUGGUAGAGCUGGGCAAGGCGAGUAUAUGGUUCGCUGUCUAGGAUGUCAGGCAAAGCAUACGCCCAGCGAUUAUCGGUGA